UAGUAAGACCUGCGUAGCGCAUUCUCGUAGAUAGCGAGCGGGAGAGGCGGUAUAUGUAUAGCAGGCGGGGGCUGAGUUCGUCUGUCCAGGUAAUAAUGGUAGGACUCGUCUUCCCUUCAGCGUUCUUUGUGUAACUAUCAUAUCACACCCAUACAUCACCCUCCCCACCACACACCCGAAUAUAUCACUGUGAUCCAGCUCGUUACCAUGCCUUCCACCACCACCACCACCACCCAGACCAACGGCACCAACGGCCACUCCGCCCCUACCCGCCCUUUCAACGAUGGCGUGUACACCCCGCUGAUCACCGCCAUGACCGAGGACGAAGAGAUCGACCUCGAGGCCGUCAAGAAACAGGUGGUCAGGCUCGCCGAUGCUGGGAUGGGGAUCGUGCUCCUGGGGACCAACGGAGAGGCCUCCCAUCUACUCGACUCGGAAAGAGCUUCCAUCAUCCGAGCCUCCCGCGAAGCUUUAGACUCCUCCAACCACCCCGACGUCCCCCUCUUGGUCGGUACCGGCGGCGGAUCCGCCAAACAUACCAUCAAACUGGCUAAAGAGGCUAAAGAAGCCGGGGCCGACUAUUCGAUCGUGAUCUGUCCGGGGUAUUUCGCGUUCGCCAUGGGUGGGAACAAGGGGGCGGUGAGGGAUUUCUUUUGGGAGGUGCUCGAGGGGAGCGAGUUGCCGGUCAUGAUUUAUAAUUUCCCCGGCGCAGCCUCGGGUAUCGAUCUCGAUUCGGACCUCUUGAUCGAGUUGUCCGAGCAUCCUAACUGUUUCGGAGCCAAGCUCACCUGCGGAAACGUCGGCAAAGGAUCCCGACUCGCCGCCCAUACCCAAUCCAAAGCCUACCUCGCCAAACACGACAGGUUCCAGGUCUUGCCCGGUUUCAGCGAUAUCAUGUGGCCCGGCAUGAACGUCGGGAUGACGGGAAGCAUCACCGGCACCGGCAACUUGAUCCCCAAGACCAUGGUCAAGCUUUACGAGACCGGUCUCGAAGCCAUCCGGACUGGUGACCCAGCCAAACGCGCAGAAGCUCUCGACCUGCACAACAGGGUCGCCGCUGCCGACUGGCUCAUCGUCAAGGCCGGGAUCUCGGGGACCAAGUUGGCCCUGGAUCACUACGUCGAAAAGGGCUUGGGUGGGGUUCCUAGAAAACCUCUACCUAGGUCGACCGAGGCUACCCAGAAGCUCGUCGACGAGUUGAAGGGCGCUUGGGAGUUUGAGCAGACGUUGUAGGAGAGGAGAUUGCGAGGUUGAGCGAGAGGCGGCUGGCUUCCCCACGGCGGCGUGCGAGGAGGAGGACUUUCGUACAGAUCAGAUCAGAAUGGGACAGAGGCAUUUCAUUUGUAUACCGAGCAGUAAAGAUAUCCGAGAGUCAAGGCUUGAUCCCGCCUUGACAUCACCAUCG